AUGGAGAGGAAGGUCUCACCUGAGAUGAAUGCUGAACUUAUUAAACCUUACAUAGCUGUUGAAGUUCUUCAAGCUUUGAAAGAGAUGCACCCCAACAAAACACUAGGGCCUGAUGGCCAACAGUUGAAUAGAGAGAAAAUAGCAAUGGGUUUUAGUGCCAAUGUGGAUCAGAAUAAUAGGCAGGCUAUUAUGAAUUUGUGGUGCUCAACUCAAGUGCAGCAAUAUGAUAAGUAUCUUGGGCUGCCCCAUGUGGUGGGUAGGUCGAAAUCAAGGGCUUUUGCAGGAAUUAAGCACAAAGUUUGGCUCAAGUUGCAAGGAUGGAAAAUUAAUAUGUUCUCUCAAGGGGGUAGGGAAAUCCUCCUUAAAGCAGUAGCUUUGGAAAUUCCAUCUUAUGCCAUGAGUUGCUUCAAGAUUCCAACUAAGCUUUGCUCUAAAAUUGAGAGUAUGAUGGCCAGAUAUUAG